UACGUCGUGCGAAACAGCGGACACUCUGUGCGAUUUCGCAGACGGAGCACCUCUGAUGCAACCGUCAUUAUAACGUCGGAGCGCCUCAGCACCGCUCGUGACUUUGUCAGACCCAGUUAGUCGAGCACUCGAAAGGGAACGCGCGGUAGCGGCGGUAUCGAUCUGAGCGUUUCGUGUGCCCGUUCGUGCACGGCGUUCUCUCGGGAUCGAGAUAUUCGUCCAUCGGUCGCCGACGGCGCCGGCUUGUUGUCCUGUUUACGUGCCGAGUAAUCCUAUUUCAUUCGCGCGAUCAUGCUUGCCGAAGCUAAUUGAUAACGGGUCUCGCGCGUCUUCAAUCGCACCUGUGACUCUAGCGGGCUCAUCGCUGUUACUUGUUCGAUCUCCUGCUGCUAAUUCGAAAUCACAAUGGGUUGCUUUGUGAGUAAAGACAAACUCACCAAGGAGGACAUGGAUUUCCUCAAAACCCACACCUCUUACGAUGAGACCACUAUUAAAGAGUGGUACAAAGGGUUCAAGCAAGACUGCCCGAACGGACGGCUAACGCCGGCUAAGUUCGUCGAUAUGUACAAGAUGUUUUUCCCCUCUGGCAAUGCUGUCGAAUUUUGCGAUCAUGUGUUUCGCACUUUCGACAUGGACAAGAACGGAUACAUAGAUUUUAAGGAAUUCCUUCAGGCGAUUCACGUGACAUCUAGCGGGACUCCUGAGGAGAAACUUAAAUGGGCUUUCCGCAUGUACGAUGUGGAUGGAAAUGGCGUUAUAGAUAUCCAAGAAAUGACGAAAAUAGUUCAGGCCAUCUACGACAUGCUGGGAGCUUGCUCGAGUAACCGACCAGCUGAUUCGGCCGAGGAGCGUGCCAAGAACAUAUUCGCCAAGAUGGAUGAGAACAACGAUGGACAACUCACUCAGGAUGAAUUCCUCAAGGGCUGCCUCCAAGAUGAAGAGCUGUCAAAAAUGCUAGCGCCCUAAGCGAGCCUAGGUCCUCAUUAGCACGGCCCAGCCUCACAACCCCACCCUCCCUUGUUAACCUCACGAUAACCCGACGGCGUUGUCUCGUCUACACGACACCACGCGCUUGGCGAAACAAUUUACAUCCUUUCACCUCGGAUGGUAUUAGGCUACCUGCGGCCUGCCGAGAUUUAGUCGGAGAAUACCAGCUUUCUCUUGCGGUUACUCAUUGCGAGUCUAUAUAAAAACACUUACAAUUAAUUUUAAUUGACGAAAACAAAUGAUCAUCAUUUUUAUACUUCGGAGAGUUUUUUAAAUAAAUCGUUUAGACAUUAAGUAAUUUUCAGAAUCCAAUUUUGACAUGCGAGUCUUCGAGUUAAGAAUGUGUCGUGUUGUCGUGUCGGCUUGGCAUGCGUACAGCUGGUCUUGUCUAUGUCCAUUUUGGCAUUUUGUUCGACCAUACAUUUCGUGGUCGUACCUAUUUUGUGGAACGAUGGCCGGCUGUAUGCCGAGAAAACGUAUCGCAAGUUUUGAUUUGAUUCGUUGUUUACAUAAUGCGCCGGCGUCAAGUGCAGCCUGCAUGUUUACAAAACAAAAGUCCACCAUUUGCGUCCAUCUUAACUGAAUAAACUUUUUUCGAUAAUUAUGUCGUCAUAAUCUUUAUAAAAAAUUACCGGUUUUCGAGCGUGUACAAUAGUAUCGUUCUAUAAAAAGUAGUAGGUUAAUAAAUGUUUUGCAUUAAACUCAAGAAAUAACUAAUCUAAAUCUAUCCUCAAUAUGGAAAAUUUUGUCUCGCGAACAGUAAACAGUUCUUAGCUAUACGCGAACUAAAUCGAUUUCAGAGGUCAUGAAUAUGAAUUUGCUUUCAUAACAUAACGUUUAAAGCCUUAUAUAUUAUCACCACGCAGGUACGCAUGAAUAAAUAAUAUGAAUUGGAACCAAAUCGGCUAUCUAGCCGACCGAUUUGCGAAGCGUGUAUAGGUUUAUGCCACAGACUAAAUACCGAACCCGCUGAUUGCAUUUGCAUAUUUUAUCUUCGGCACGAAGGCCGCAAAUUUCGGAUGUUCGGAGCUACAGCCGGGUAUUGUUUUAUGCAACUCCUAAAGUGCUCGUGGCUCGUAGCUGUUUAGUUAAUCAAUACUUUUAAGGCCUAUUUUGUGUCCCACUGCUGGGCAAAGGCUUUCUGCUUUUACAACUCUCGAUUCUAUACGGUUUCUCGCCAUUUAGCCAAGAAGUGCUGGAAAUGGAAAAUCAAUCCAAUUUACAUUACAAUUUAAAAAUUCAAAAUUUAAUAAUAUACCCAUUCAUGGUUAAGAAAACUUUCGAUUAAAACACCUUUCAAAGAAAAAUAAAUUACAUCAAUUUUGAUAGAUAGGAUGCCAUGCCACGGAUGCGUCAAACUUAUGACCGUUUGCGUUAAGGAUUAAAAAUAGUAGAUAUUUCGUGUUAGUAAUUGUGUACCUACAUGAACACGAAACGUCCCUGAAUGUCAUUUCGUGAACGUUUAAAUGAAGAAUGCACUAACAGUUGCUAUUCCUAUAGAGCACCAUUCCAUAGUUGCACGAGACUAAGAGUUGCUAUUCCUAUUGAAGCGCUGUCAAAAAAUCACUCGCGCGCUCUGAACACGUAUAGAUUUUUUUUAAAAGUUUGCAUUUAAUUUCUAACCUCGUCCUGAUAAACAGAUUAACUGCAAACACAUGGACACUAUUGGGCACGCUACCUUGUAAGCUGCGCUUCGCCAUUUCUCUCUAAUUAUCUGCGACUUGUAUAAAAAUUGUAAUAUAAACAAAAAAAAAAUGUAAUGACGAAAUUUGUCGUCAUUGAAUUCUCGAGUAUUAGUAAAAAAAAAUUAAAUGUCCAUUCCUAUUGGUAAAUGUACGUGAACGGUAAUUGUAUGUCAAUAUUAUGUCGCUGUCGGAUUGUCCACUUCGCUAGCCGUAUAAGUACUGUAUCCGAACCACUCACGAUUUAGACAUGUAUCCUGAACUCUCUGAAUCUUACUGUCCUAUCCGACGGAUGCAUAUUGCACGGUAUAAACAAUGUCAAUCUUAAUAUUUUACUCUUAAGGUAACAAUUAGUGUAGCUGUGUACGAACAGAAUCGGUCAGAUUGAUAUUUGGAUGAAUCGCGUAGUUUGCUCAUAGCAAAUAUCACUAUGCGUGGAGUUUUUUCUGUGUUGGCACCACCUACGCAAUCUGAUCCUUUCUGUGUAUUUAACUCGAACUAUAUAAUAAGUAACAGUAAUGUUUAACCUGAAGUGAACAUUUUAAAGGAUAUCGAUGUUGUAUUUACUCUGUUUGUACUAUUCAUUUAUAUUCGAUGUACUUCUUCAGGAUCUUCACUUCACUCGGUCGGCUUCGAACCGAUGCCCAAUGAGCUUGUUACCCCUUUCAUCAUUUAAGCUAUACAAAUUGUUUUGCCCUAUUGUACAUCUCUGUAUACAAUUAAGGCUAUGACAUAGGUAUUUUAAAUCUCCACUCUAGUAAUAAAAUUAUAUCAUAAAUUUCUAUUCUAUGCUGUGGUAAUUUAGCAUCUCACAUCUUUCCCCACUGUGCCUUCUAGUUCUCUGUAAAUAGUUUACUCAUAAUUUCUCUACUUUCCUCACGCUGUCCCAACCUCGCUAUGAUUGUUUGACCUUAUUUAUUUCUCAUUUUUUAUUUCCAUGUCGCCAAAGGUGACUAUAUUGUAAGCAACCAAAUCAUUUUAGUAUGCCCUAGUCACAAAUUUAGGUUAUAUAUUAGUUCAUACUGUAGUCAUUAUUUAGUAACAUAUUUAUUUAAUGUAACCCGUCGGCUACAUAAGCACUUAAAGGGGUCGCGGAUCUAAAGUUGAUUUGUGGUCACAGUCGAGGCAUUGUGGUCAUAUUCAUGAUGCAUUUGCCACCAUAUGAUGAUACGCACAAAUCGUUUCGGUAGCACAAAUUUAAACAAUUUUGCUACUUUGUUUUAGUAUGGAAACACUAGUUUUCACUCAUUUAAUCAUUUGGUAGGUUUAAAAUUUUAUACGUAUUUAUUAAGCUGUACUGAUAAUUUCUCCUAUAUUUUUUCGUGCCCAGAAUUGUAUUUUAACUAAUUUGAACAUUCCACAAUGUAUUUGAUUUAUUUAUUGUAUAGUUUCUAAGUAAUACCAAUCGACUUUUAAUUUUUAUAAUCAUUCUGCUGCAUUAUAUUAGUGCAUACAUUGUAGUGUCUGCCCGAAGUUCGACUUUGGUUACGGCCAUAACCAGCCAUCUAUCGCCUCCGAUCCAAAAUUGCUUGCUUUCAGCAAUGUCUGCAGUUAUAUCCAAAUUCAAAAUUCUCUAUUCAACUUAAAAUUUACUUAAAACUUAAUCUACUGCCGUCUUCCAAAGCGCCGUUAAGAAGCGGCGCAAUAAACUCCGCUGCAUCCUAUUCUUCAAAGACGUUAAUUAACAUAACUAAAUGGAUGAAGGACGAAGGUACAUUAUUCAUAAUGUCAUUUAAAUUUAUAUUAAUCAAUAAAUUAUUGCAAAUUGACAAAACUUAAACGUUCGAUAUAAAUUAUAAUUUGCGGCCGUCCAAAUCAAAAGGGACCUUUGGCGCCCGACACUUACGCCAUAAUUACCGUUGUAUUGUAUUCGAACAAAGGCAAUAAAGACUUAAGUGCCAGCCUUCAUAAGGUCCCUUUUGAUUUGGACGGCUACAUUUGAUAAUAAUAUCAUGAAGUAAAUUAAAAGUUGUUAUUAGGAUACUGUCCCAAGCUUGGGCCAAAUUUGUUAAGCCUCUGCAAUUGGGUCGCAAACCUUCGGCUUCACCCAAAAGCACGGUCACAGCAAGGAUAAAGCUCACUCUUUAAAGUAAUCUUUGGCUGCGAUUUCGGCUAAAAUUCGACUUUCGAUUAGACACUAAUACAAUGUCAAAAACUGUUAUGUAAAGUUGUAAUUUAGUUAUUGAAUGAAUUUUAAUAUUUUAUUAUUUAUUUUUAUAAUUUGUUUUUUACGAAUGUUGUAUAGUUUUAUCGUCAAAAGUCAUGUGAGAACUCAGUAUGAAUAUUUAGAGGAUAAUAAUUAAAAUCACUGAAAUGAAUCAAAGAUUACAAUAAACAUAUAAAACUGAAGAAAAAAUGACUGAAUUUUAUACAAGUAGGAAAGAGGGAUCAAUAAUACUCAUUUGGACCUGAAGGUUGCUCUUGUAGACAGGGUGUUGCGUAACAUAUCACAUAAUUUGACUCAAAAUUGGAGUAUUAAAAAUGACUUGUUUAAAAAAACACCAACGUCAUCAUGCCAUUUUAUGAAAUUAUUGCGUGAAACGUAGCAACAAUAAAACAUUUUAUCCUUGGUCAGUCGCGUGGCAAUUAUAGCUCAAACUGUUGUGAAACAAAAGCCACGCAUUCCAUGUAUAAAAAUCAUUAAAAUAUACUGAAGAAAUGAAUGUCAAACAACAUUUCGCAGUUAAGCAUACAUAUCUCAUUGAACGAGAAAUAAUAUUUUACUCUGUUGCGUCAAUUAUAAUUUGUAUUGUUAUGCGCGACCCAGGCCUAUGUGUCAGUUGCUGGCAAACGGGGUUACUUGGUAGUCGAUAGAAUACCAUAGUCACUUGACAUUUCCAAAUUUGUUUACAGUCAUUGUCCUAUAAACGGUCUAAUUCAAUAGUUUGCUUUCGUAUCUAAAACUGGAACUAUUCUGAUUCCAAUACUUUCUUCGACUAGAAUUGGAGAAACUAGAUUUAAUGUUAGCUUACUGUUUGUCGUCUCUAUAACUUCUACCACGAAUAGUAAUUUGGUCUUGAAACUGCGCACAAGGCAGCACAAAAUUAAGCAGAUUUCAUAUAUUCUCUGUAGUGAUUUUGUGUAAAUUUAUGCCGUAUGUAGUACGCGUAAGAUGUCUCGUUAAAUGUGAAUUCAAUUUGUGUUACAUUCUGGAUGUGUCGAAUUAAGAUCUAGAAAUUAUGUUCGUGUAACGUUUUCUAAUCAUUUGUUCUAUUUCAAAAUUUAAUUCUAAAGCCAAUUUAUUGUCUAUUAUUGUAAUAAAUUUAUUGUAUAUUAUUUUUAAUCAACUCAUGUUAUUUUCUCAAUACAGGGUGUUACAAUGUGGUGUACGAAAAGAGCUGUAAAGCCAGAUUUUUUGUCUCGAUCGGGAGACGGCGUCACCUCAUUCUGAUACCCAGUAUAUUUUCUCAGGUUCCGAGAGCGUGAAUGCGCCUGAGAAAUAAAUUGUAAGCCAUAUACGCCAUAUAUGUGAUGUUAAGUUUAUGAUAUAUACUGUGUAUAAUUAUUUUAUGGUAUAAACUGUAAACGUAUUCUGUAUUUAUUGUAAUAUUACGUUUUAUCAGAUGGAACUAUUAAAUAGUGGGACAAUUUUUGCCAUGAUUUGAUUAUUUCUUAUAAAACUCAUAUAGGCAUUUUUGUUAGUUAGUUUUAUGAGAUUUGUUUUUUAUAUUAUUGUUUAGUUAAUGGUGCAGUGUAUUUCGUUUUUUACUCUUUCUUAUGCAAGAAUAAAUUCUCACUAGCAGACACGACAUGUUUGAUCGCGUUCUAAAUUAUUAUAGCUCUGUAUUUGGAAGCAGUUAUAUAUACAAUGCAAUACUUAAAAAUAUUAUGUACUUACGUUACACAUUUUAAUGAGUACUAAAAAUCAUCUUAAGAGUUUUUGCUAUUUUCAAAUCCCAUCAUUUGAUAAAACGUAAUAAAAUUUAUUCAAUAUAUUUUCUUAUCCGGUAAUUUUACAAUUUUAUAGUAACAGCUAACAAGCACUUUAUACUUCAGUGUUUAUUUAUUUCAAUAGUCUUCAUGUGUAAUAGAAUAGAUAGAUUGUAAGAUGUAAUUAGAUGCACAACCGGUCAAAAAACUUUGAACAAGUAGUGAGUCCCUCGUGACGAAACAGGAUGUGUUACUCCCGAAUUCAGUCAUGGGCCUAUAACCUUCAUGUAUCAGAUAAAAUGCUGUCUUAGAUUCUUAAUGUGUAAUCUUUCUAGAACGUGACGUGUGAUAAGCCAUGUAUUAAAUGUAAUUCCGCGUUCCAUGCAUAUGUGACAUUCUAGCUAAAAAAAAUAUAUUAUUGGAAUCCUUAAAUUUAAUUAAGUGUAUAUCUAUGUAUCCGAUUUAAAGUAUUGUUUAAGAUAAAAUUGUAUUAUUAUUGUAAUCAUCAUUCGAACAAUGAAAUUUGUCAAUUCCUUAACAUAGACGAAUGUCGUUUACACAUGGAACGCUAUAUUUCCGUUAGUUACUGUCAAAAAUGUUAGUUAGAUCAAGAGUUUAUUUUUGCUCACAGCAACCUUGUAUUCAAUAAUAAUUUGUGUCUUGACAAAACUGUUUUGGUAAACAUUAUCUGCAUAUUUUCUGAAGAAUCUCCAAGUCUGAGUAAAGUUUUUUAAAAUAUUUACAGUGCAUAGUAUACUCAUUAUUAUCGAGAAUGCGGUGUAUUUUAGUGUAAAAGCGCCCUCUGGCGCCAUUUUAGGUUAUGAUACUUAGGCACUUGUAAUAGAUGGAAGUAAACACAUGUCCCCAUAAAAGUCUCUGUUGUAUCUCUAAGAAUACAUAUUUUUAAUGAUUCACAUUUUGCCUAUUCAUGUAUAAUAUACAAAUUACAAAAACAAAA